UUGCCACGAGUUAGCGGCGAAUUUGGAGAGUGUCCAUUUUGAGCAGCGAGUCGGCGUCCCCGGUAUUUUCACUCAAACCUCUUGGAAAAACGCAUCGUCAGAAUGGCAGACGCUGAGAAUCUGCUCAUGGAGACAUCGGAGCAGAACGGCAACGAGGGCGAGGAGGACCAGAAUGGAGCCGAGCAGGAGCUGAUGGCGGGAGACGACGGUCAGGACAACGGCACGGACGGAGGCAAGAUCGACGCCAGCAAAGGAGAGGAGGAUGCUGGUAAAAUGUUCGUGGGCGGCCUCAGCUGGGACACGAGUAAAAAGGACCUGAAGGAUUACUUCAGUAAGUUCGGGGAAGUGUCAGACUGCACCAUCAAGAUGGACUCCAACACUGGCCGGUCCCGAGGCUUUGGCUUCGUCCUCUUCAAAGACGCCUGCAGCGUGGACAAAGUGCUGGAGCAGAAGGAACACAGACUGGACGGGCGUCAGAUUGACCCCAAGAGGGCGAUGGCCAUGAAGAAGGAGCCCGUCAAGAAGAUCUUUGUCGGCGGUUUGAAUCCCGAAGCAACUGAGGAAACCAUCAGGGAAUAUUUUGGCGCCUUCGGAGAGAUCGAAACCAUUGAGCUCCCCAUCGACCCCAAAUCAAAGAAGAGGAGGGGUUUCAUCUUCAUCACGUACAAAGAGGAAGCCAGCGUCAAGAAGUGUCUGGAGAAGAAAUACCACAACAUCCAAGGCGGCAGGUGUGAGCUGAAGAUCGCCCAGCCGAAGGAAGUUUACCAGCAGCAGCAGUACGGAGCGCAACGUGGAGGCGGCGGCUACGGGGGCCGGGGAGGCCGAGGCCGUGGAGGUCAGAACCAGGGCUGGAACCAGGGAUACGGAAACUACUGGAACCAGGGAUACGGUAACCAAGGCUAUGGCUACGGCGGCGCAUACAGCGGCUAUGGCAACUAUGACUAUUCUGGUUACUAUGGAUACGGCCCCGGCUAUGAUUACAACCAGGGCAACGCCAGCUAUGGGAAAACCCCACGGCGGGGGGGACACCAGAGCAACUACAAGCCAUACUGAUGAUCACCUGGCAGUACAAGGUACCCACCAGCUGCUGCCUCUCUUCUUGUUUCUCUCUCUUUCUUUUCUAUUUACGCCGAGCACGUCGAAGUGUGAUGGCCUCAUUUACAGUGAAGCUGAAGAGGACGUGAAAAUAAGAAAUUCAGAUAAGGAUCAAAUCUAAAAGUUCAAAGGUGUGAAGUGGAUGAAUCGGUGUGUUACUGUACGUUCAUGUAGGAAAGCCGAAGUUUUUUUUCAACUGCGAAUCCUUUGAUUUCUGGGUUAUUUUGUGAGUUUUAAGCCGGACACAUGCUGCAGACGUCCCUGCUUGGGCUGAAUCCUGUAGUGUAUGCUCAGUCAGCAUUUCAACCCCUAAGGCUGGUCCGGUGUAGUGACGAAGCAAAAAAGGAAUUAUACCUGAAAGACAGGGUUUGUGAAAAGGACGCGUCUCGAAGAAACCUCGUCUAAUUAUUAUUUUAUCACCUUUUAACUGUUUUCUUACUUUGACCUCAUUGGUUGCUGCAA